CUCCACUUGUAAGGUCACUUAAUUGGAACCUCAUCCAGCUUCAAGUUAAUGGCAUAGUGCCAAACAUUCAACCAACAUGGACACUCUAGCGACAAUACGCGGCCUGUCUUGGCAGCAUGUGGCCGCCUCGAUUUUCGUAUAUUUUACAAGCCUUGCCUUCUACCAAUUAUUUCUGCAUCCGCUUUCCCGAUAUCCCGGGCCCAAAUUGGCCGCCAUCACUCGUUACUACGAAGCCUAUUAUGAUGUUAUUUGCCAUGGUCAAUACACUUGGAAAAUCGCAGAGAUGCAUAAGAAAUACGGACCCAUCAUCCGCAUCAGUCCAUAUGAACUGCACAUCAACGACCCAGCCUACUUUGAGAAGCUCUACCGCCAAGACGGGCGCUGGAACAAGUACGCUUGGUCGUACACCCGAUUCCACGCUCGACACUCGACCGUUUUCUGCGUGGAGCACGACGUGCACCGGCGCCGGCGGGCGCCAUUGAACGCCUUCUUCUCCAAGGCCAAUGUGAACAGGAAACAAGCCAUUGUCCACGACAAAGCGAAUAAGCUUUGUUAUCGCCUAGCGGAAUUCGCUGGCUCAAAAACGAAAACUGUCAAUCUCAGUGCUGCCGUGGGCGCACUGGUCAGAGACGUGGCGACCGAGUUUAUACUGGGGAAGGAUAUCCAUAACCUGGAUAUGGAGGAUUUCAAUAUCAGCAUCGGUGCCAUUUUCCAGGGCUCGGGGAUCUUGUGGAGGAUAAGUAAGCAUGCACCCUGGUUUGGACCGUUGAUGAGGGCGCUGCCGUUUAUUGUUGCGAGGAAAGUGGGAGAUGAGGGCGGAAGGGCGUUUCUUGCGUUUCGUAGGGAAUUGACGCAACUCACCAAAGACAUUAUGGCGUCUGCCUCAGACCCCGAGUCCCCACGCACCGUUAUUCACGAUAUUCUGGCGUCAUCCAGCCUUCCACCAGAAGAGAAAACCUUUGAGCGCGUCUACUCCGAAAUAGGCGCCGUCACUGGAGCCGCCUUCGAGACCACCGCCCAUGCUCUGCGCAUCAUCCUUUACUAUGUCUACACCAAUCCAACCAUGCUCCGUUGUCUCCGUGCCGAGCUUGCUGAAGCCCCGAAAGUAGACGGCGACUCCGAAGAUCAUACUCUCAGUACACUCAAGAAGCUUCCCUACCUCACUGCCGUCAUAAUGGAGGGCCUGCGUCUAGGCCCCGGUAACGCAACUCGCAUGGCUCGCAUCGCACCAGACAGGGACUUGAUGUACGGUGACUGGCGCAUACCCGCCGGCACGCCCGUGGGAAUGACAACGAUUUUAAUGCACAUGGAUGAGCGGCUGUAUCCGGAGCCUGAUCUGUUCGAGCCCGACCGGUGGAUGGACGCAGAGGUGAGGAAGAAAGCGGACAAGACGUUUGCACCUUUUUCGAGGGGAACGAGGAAUUGUGGCGGCAUGCAGCUUGCUUGGGCCGAAUUGUAUAUGGUCAUCGCUGCGCUGGUGCAACGCUUCGAUUUCGAGUUUGAUGGUGCAGGACCCAAAGACGUCGUAUGUGCUAGCGAUCGGUUUAUUAUUGGGACGGCGGAUAGCAGUGGGAUCAAGGCGUUUGUUGCCGAGUAUAGAGGAUAGUCAGUUGAGAAGAUGACUUGUUGUGGUGCGGGCAAUACCUGUAAGAUCCGAACAUAUGUUUGUUGGUAGCAUGCUGCAAAAGCUGAUGUUGAGUAAUUCAUCUAAGCAAUGCAUCAGGGCAC